AAUCAUGAAGCUCCUUAUUUUUGUAUGUUUGGUAGUUUCGGCGUACGCCCAGGCUCCAAAGCCAUGCAAUUCACCACCACAAUGGGAGUCGAGAGAGCUGCGGACUGAUUACGAGCAGAAAUAUCAGGAGUAUCGAAGAAUAAGUUACGAUGAAACCAAUAAGCGCGAACGACAGAUAGCCGAGGUAGACAUUGGUGGAGACAAAGCUUACUAUGAUCGUUUGAUCCUGUACAAUGAGAAUAAAAAUUACACAUUAAAUCUGAAAACAAGGAAUUGUACAGUUACAACGACCAACAGGCCAUUCCAUUAUCGUGGUGUACAUCCUAAUGCAAGGUUUGAUGGAUUUUUCGAACUCGGAGCCAUUGGAGUUUCAGGGGAAUUUGUCGCAGUCCAAGCAUUCUCAGCAAAUGAAACAAAUGAAUAUUACACUGGUCUGGUGACAUAUCCUAGCUGUUAUCCAGUGCAGAACCUCCAUUUCAGCAAAACAUAUGGAUUUGAACAUUCUGACUACUUUGAUUUGCAUAUUGGUAUUACAGACCUGAAUGUGUUUGUUCCUCCAUCAGAAUGUUCGAAGGCUGAACAGCGACAGAAAAUAUUACCAGUUGUAUAGUCUGUCAGAGAACAAUUUUUUUUAAUAAUCUUUUUCCAUUUUCAGUUCAUU